AUGCCGGAGGCUUCAGGAUCUGGAAUGACUGACGAGGAUGAUUACUCGACUUUCGAGAAUAAAACUGGCCUGGCCGAAGACAUGAAGUUUUUGGCGAGUAUGCCAGAACUCUGCGACGUGACAUUCCUCGUCGGUGACACCAGAGAGCCAGUUUGCGCCGUAAAAGCUGUGCUCGCGGCCAGAAGCAGAGUCUUCCAUAAAAUGUUAUAUCAAACUCCGAGCCCACAACGUAAAAAAGAACCGCCGGCGCGAGAAAACAAGAUUCGGCUCUUUCUCAAGCGCAGCUCUGAGCCGCUGUUAAAUUUGCAGAACGCCGCGCAACAGCGGUCAGGGUUCACGCAGCAACUGGCCCCCAUCCAAGAGCCGCAAUCACAUCAGCAUCAUACGCUGAUUAUCGAGGAAUUCGAGCCCGAUGUCUUCCGGCAGCUGAUCGAGUAUAUUCAUACGGGAUGUGUGACAUUACAGCCUAGGACUUUGCUUGGGGUAAUGAACGCCGCCGAUUAUUACGGAUUGGAUGAACUCAGACGAGCCUGUGCAGGCUUCGUUCAAUGUUGUAUAACCGUUGAUACGGUCUGCGCUUUAUUAGCAUCAGCGGAGCGUUAUAUUCAGUAUAAAUGCACGAAAUCUUUAGUUCAAAAGGUACUAGAAUUCGUCGAUGAGCAUGGCAAUGAAGUAUUGAAUUUAGGAUCGUUCACAUUACUACCGCAACACGUUGUUCGUUUAAUCCUUGCCAGAGAAGAAUUACGUGCAGAUGAAUUUACGAAAUUUCAAGCUGCAUUAAUGUGGAGUAAAAAGUAUUGCGACAACAAUCAAAAUACACCGUUGAAAGAUGUAAUUGGUAAUUUCAUCGAGUACAUUCAAUUUCACAAAAUUCCAGCCACUGUAUUGAUGCAAGAAGUAAAUCCUUUGGGACUGGUGCCACCGGAAAUUAUCAUGAAUGCAUUAGCUUAUCAGGCAGACCCAACCAGUGUCGACCCCAGAAAAUUCUCUCCCCACAGAGUGAGGAGACAGGGUCGCAGCAUGUCGGUCCAGUCGUCACUGGAUCCGUAUGGCAGCAUCACGACCUUGAGUUCGAGCGGCUCCGACGCCGGAUCGGAUCAGAAACAAAAUGCACUGAUCGCGGCCGUUUCGGACGAGCCUCGACGAACCGAGGAUAUUUGUGGCCCCGACGAAGGAGCGGCGCCGACAGACGAUAUUAUCGCAGAAGAAAGAGAGCAGAAAGAAAAACAGCGACCGCAACAACAACAAUCUCAGCGGCAGCAGCAAGAUCAACAACAAGAAUCUCAAGUUCAGGUUCAUGCAGAACAGGAAGCGCCUCAAUCACAGGAACAACAGAAACAGGAACAAGUGCAGUCACAACAAAAAGAGCCGGGUCAUUUACAGCAGCAAGUCCGUCAGAAGAUAGAGAAGGACAGGGAGCAACGAAAGCUUCAGCAAGAACAACAGCUAUUGCAGCGUAAACUGGAACUGGAAGAACAACUACGACGCAAACUGGAGCGAGAUGAAGAAGUAUUGCAGCGAAAAUUAGAAGAAGAAGAAAAACCGUUACAACAGAAGAUGGAACAUGAGACACGAAGGAAAUUAGAAAAAGAGGAACAGCAGCAAAUUAUGCGGUUGAAAAAAGAAACGGAGCAGCUGAAGAAAGAAGAAAUAAAACGUUCACCGAAAGCUGAACGUGUGCUACAGCAGAAAAAGGUUGAUGAUAAGCAACCACAACUGCCAAAGGCAGAUGAACAGCCGGAACUACAACAGAAACGUAAACAGCUGCAAGAACCGCUGGAUAAAAAUGAGCGAGCAAAACUGCGCAAGCAAGGUGAGAAAGUGGAGAUAUCACGUCAAGAGUCACUUGUGCAACAGCAAAAGAUGGAGAUAACAAUGCAAGAAGAUCAAGAGGCACAGCGGAAGGAGAAGCCGCAGUUGCCACAGCCUGGGGAAUCGCAACAGCAGCAACAGCUGCAGCCGCAGCAGCAGCAGCCACAGCUGCACCAAGAGCAGUCGGGAAUUCGGCCACUUGAGGGAGUCAGUGGACUUUACAUUAGGAUAGUGCUGAGACACGAAGGUCGCGCAAAUCUAGUCUGGCUAUACAAAACACACAUAUUCUAAAUUUUGAUGAUUCGCCUCGUCGCUUCCGUCUGAAUGUCUCAAGCGACCUCGCAGCUAUACGGCUCUACGACUUAUCCAUCCAUGUUGAAAGGUAUCGUGAAGAUGUAA